AUGAUCUCCAGACUCCCCCCACCACCAAUGAUCCCCCCACCCCCCACCACUCCAGAAAUCACCUUCACAGUCCGCGGAAUCCGCCUCGUAAACCGCGAAUGGUCCCUCCGGGACGCCUCCUUCCCCAUAACAAUCACCAAUUCCGCCACAGACCCCACCCUCUCCGCCACCGAAGCCUCCAUCAUGCUUCGCGAAGACGCCGUGGGUCUCUACCACCACAACUCCAAAACCUACAUCCCCAUCCGUCAAAUCUACCUCCACUCCGAAUACCUCACCGGAAGCGAAGAAAGUCUUCGAUCGAGGAGUAGCUCCAGAGCUAGUAGCACAAGAAGUAGUAAUAGUAGUGCUGAUAGGUAUGGUAGCAUGGAUUUCGGGUGUAGAGGCACUCGGACUUUUAACGAUAAGGUGUCACCGAUUGGUACUGAUGAUAUACAUCAUAGUGAUCGGAUGACUUCGGACGGGAAGGUUGUUUGGGAUGUUGUUUAUAGGAAACCUACUUCUUCUUCUUCUUCGGCAUCUUCCUCGUGCGGAAGCUCGACUUUUUCGUUCGAAAUGGGCGAUGAUUGUGAAGGAGACGAGGAGAGCAUGAGGGGAAAGAAAUUGGGGAAGUGGGCUGAUAUUAAGAGGUGUGCUUGGAUUCUAUGGGAUGGGACUUAUGUGUUUUUGAGCAUCAAGAGACCGUUGGUUUAUAUUGAGGAUUUACAGAGGGGGAUGUAUUCGACGACUUGGAGGGAGAGGGGCAGGAAGAAGGUCGGGGCGUGGUUUGGACGGGAUAAGGGCAAAGAGGAGUUUAAGCUCUGCUGA